AUGACGGAAAUCAGCGAAAAGGAGAACGAACCACAACACCUUCACCGACCACACGCUACCGUGCCCAGCCAGCCCGAGUCAAAGUUACAGCGGUUGAAGCGCUCCCUGUCCUUCAAAUCAGUCAUGCGCAGCAAGAGUACAGACAACUUUUUCCAGCGCAGUAACGGAGAAUUGCGCCUUCCAUCUGCCCUUAUAACCUCACCUCCACCCCCGCCAUCUCCUCCCCCCAUCUCCGAGUCCCCCCUGGCCUAUGAGCGCUCUCCGUCACAUUCCCCGUCUACCAGUCCUAACCCCUCAUUGUCAUCACGCUCACCUUCAAUCAGUCCCUCCAAAUCAAUGAAUUUCAAAACCCAGCCAAAGUCUCAGGCCCAGCCGGUCAAGACCCACUGUUUCCAAGAGCAUGUCUUCCGUCGGCCUGCCAGCUGCCAGCGAUGCAAACACAUGAUCCAAGGAAACUCCAAGCAGGGGCUGCGUUGUAAAGCCUGUAAGCUGGCAGCCCACCUCUGGUGCUCGUCGGAGCUCUCUCAGCAGCCCUGUACUGGCAAGACAGGAGCCUUCAAGAGAAACUUCAGCUCUCCUCUGUUAGCCACUGAUACGCUGGGUGUGGUCAUAGAGGCUCCUGCUGCCCAAGAGGCAGAUAAUGGCAUUGUCGACCCUGUGUAUGAGGCACUGCGCUAUGGGACGUCGCUGGCUCAGCUGAGUCGCUCCAGCUUCAGCAGUAUCUCAGAGUCGCCCUGUCACGAGGAGGAAAAACUGCAAGACAAACCAGAAAACCAGCCAAUAGUAGAAGAGGAGCAUAUCCCAGGAAUGCUCACCCCUCCUGAAAGCGAGAAGGCUGAUUCAGAAGACAGGGUCAGCCUGAAGACUCCUAAGAAAGUAGAGGUCCACUCCAUCCACACAUAUGUGGCUCUCUACAAGUUUCUGCCUCAGGAGAAGAAUGACUUGGAACUACAGCCUGGCGACAGAGUUCAAGUCACAGAUGACUCCAACGAGGACUGGUGGAAGGGGAAAAGCAGAGACAAGGUGGGAUUGUUCCCGGCCAACUUCGUGCAGCGGGUGCGCCCUGGUGAGCGUGUGUGGAAGGUCACGGAUGGUUUCCACGGCAACCGAGACAAAGGCCAGAUGACUGUGAAAGAGGCCCAGAUCUGUGUGGGGAAGAACGAGGAGGUUGACGGUUUCCUCCGGCUGAGCAGCGGAAAGAAGAGAGGCUUGGUCCCUGUGAAGAAUCUGCUAGAAAUAUGA